UGAGGGGCUUAUGAAUAUUGUAAUCGAGCCGAGGAGCCGCCUCAGCCUCACAGUCGCCUGGGCGUGUCGGAAUGGCCGAGACCUCGGAGCCUGGCGGGGCUCGAGCCCCUCCGGUGGCCGCCGCCGCCCCCGGCCGGCCCAAAUUGACCCACCCGGGCAAGGCCAUCCUGGCAGGUGAGGCAGAAACGGCCGCGGCGGCCCCUCCCCCGCACCCACUUUCCGUCCCCCGGGCGGGCGGGCGCAGAACACACUGCGGUGCGGAAUGAGGGGAGAGGAGGAGGAGAACGUCCCUUUGGUUGACGGCGCGACCUCCCGGUCCCACCGGCGCGGGCGGGUUGGCGUCCCUUCGCUUCCCCGUGGCUCCUCCUCGCCUUUGGCCCCCGGGAGCCCCUCUCUGGCCCGGAGGCUGAAGGAUGGGUGGAGAGAACCCUUCAAAGGACCGUGUUGCUCAGUGGGCACAGCACCUGCUUCUAUCUGCAGAAAGCCCCCGACGCAGCAUCUCCAGGGGUGGGAAUGGUAGAGGACCUCCCGACGGGCACCCUAGAGAGGCGCUGCCAGUCAGUGCCGGCAGUACUGAGCUAGGCGAACCAUCAUCGCCCUCCUUUGGUGCAACGCGGCUUCCUCUGCUGACUCUCUUGAAGCACCACCUGCCCUGCAGAGCAGUACACAGCAGGCUGACUCUUCGGGCACGGAGCAUCCCUCUUUUCUCCACGCAGAUCAGGGCCCAGCUCACUGACGCCUCACCCCCUUUUCUCUCUCCUGCUCAGGCGGCAUUGCGGGGGGCAUCGAGAUCUGCAUCACCUUCCCCACCGAGUAUGUCAAGACGCAGCUGCAGCUGGAUGAGAGGGCCAACCCACCACGCUACAGGAGCAUUGGUCAGCCACCCUUUCCACCCCUUGGAGCGGGCUGGCCAGAGUCCCAAGGCCUUUGCAUGGCGGGGGGUUAGACUAGAUGACCCUUGGGGAUCCCUUCAAAGUCUACAAUUCUACGACUGGCUGUUCUGAUCCCCUGCUGGGACUCCCCUCCUUGUUCUGGUUUUGUUUAGACCCAGUCUCCCUAUCCAAGGCAGGUUGGUGGGUGGGCCUAAUAUCUUCUCAAGCACUUGCUGUUAGAUUCAGCCCUUUUCCUUCUCAAGAACAAGGCAUGUUUGUUCUCCCAACAAAUACAGUCAUACCUCGGGUUGAAGUAGCUUCGGGAUGAAUAUUUUCGGGUUGCGCUCUGCGGCGACCCGGAAGUAAUGGAGCGUGUUACUUCCGGGUUUCGCCGCAUGUGCAGACGCUCAAAAUGACAUCAUGCACAUGCGUGGAAGCGGUGACCCGCGCACACGCAGACACGGGUUGCGUUUGCUUCAGGAUGCAAACGGGGCUCUGGAACGGAUCCCGUUCGCAUCCAGAGGUACCACUGUAUCUCUCCACCUGACCCCCUCCUUGUGAUCUAGAUGGGCCACACCCCCUCUGUGAAAUUGAGGCUUCCCUUGAGCCCAUGUGCAGACUAGCAAGUGAAGCAGAGGCCUGGGAAGAGUUCCUCUGAAAGGGGCACAUAUCCCCCUUGCAGCUGAGUGGUCACAGACCCUCUGCCUUGCAAUGACUUCGGAUUCCCUUCCCAGAACUUUACUCAAGCCAGGAGCUCCAGGCAGCUCUCGCAAGUGAGCCAGUCCGCAUUCCGCAUCUCCUGUGCUCACAGCGUCUUUGGUGCCUCCCUUGCAGGGCACUGUGUGAGACUGACUGUCCAGGACCAUGGCUUCCGGGGACUGUACAGGGGCCUCAGCUCCCUGCUGUACGGCUCCAUCCCGAAAUCUGCUGUCAGGUAGGCACCUGCUGCUCUUUAUUGGAGACAUCACCCUGUUGGCUUUUCUCAGACUUGCACACAGGGGCCGCUUUGGGGGUCCUAAAUACAGCACCCGAAUGGACUCACUAGAGCAGUGGUUUUCAACCAGUAUGCUGUGGCACCCUGGGGUGCCUUGAAUGAUGGUCAGGGGUGCCAUGGGCAACACUGGCCUCUGCCCCUCUUUCUUUCUCCUCCCUCUUCUGUUGCCCUCUCGCGUCUCUGCCUCCCAUAGGCUUGCACAGCUGUUUAUUGCAGCAGUCCUGUCUAUAAGCUCUGCAGGCAAAGGUUGCCUCUGAGAGGCACCUCUCUUUGGGUCAGGAGGGGAAGUUCAGAGACCAGGGGUGGCGGCAGCAGCAGCAGCAGCAGCUGCCCAGAGAACUCCCAAGGAGAGGGGAGAGGAGAGGAGGCUGAGGGAACACUCCACAAAAGGGGGUGUCCAAAAAAGGUUGAGAGGCUGCCAGCUCUGCAGGCAAGAGGUGACAUAACUGGGCUCCUGAGCCCCACAGGGGUGCCACAGAAAGAAUGUAGUUGGUCAAGGGAGUCGUGGACACAAAAAAGGUUGAAAACCUCUGCACUAGAAGAGGAUAGCAUCCAAAUCCUCUGUUGGGGUCUCCUUUGUCAUCCCCCCCCCCCCCCCGCUGUCCAUCUUAGGAUGGACAGAUCUAAGACGAACUCCUGUCUUCUUAAGACAGAUGGACCCCCGCAGAAGGUAGCAGACUCUCCUUCAUGGAAAGUUUUAAAGCAGAGGUUGGAUGUCCAUCUGUCAGGGAUUCUGUAGUUGUGAUCCCUGCAUUGGGUUGGGCUAGUUGAGUCUCUGGGAUCUCUUCCAACUCUACAAUUCUAUGAUCCCAUGACAGUUUGGGCCCCCUGGUUUUCUGCAGGUUUGGGGUCUUUGAGGUCCUCAGCAAUUCUGCCAAGGACCCUCAAGGGAAGCUGGACAGCAAGAAGAGUUUGCUGUGUGGCCUUGGGGCUGGCGUGGCGGAGGCCGUGGUGGUCGUCUGUCCUAUGGAGACCAUCAAGGUAGGUAGAACUGCAAGCAUUGGUUGCAUCUCAUGGCAGAUGUGAUGGAACUGCAGCCUUAAGGCAGAGGCCGGUGGGAAUGAAUGUGCCCCCACCCAUAGGUGCCGAGUUGCACCCAACAUCGGGGGGGGGGGUCCUGUUCCAUGUGCAUGACAUCACACCCUCUUCUCCUAACAUUACCUACCUGUGAGAUAGGUCUGGCUGUUGGCCUGAGGUCAUGCAGGAAGUUUUGUGGCUCAGUGGAUAUAUUUUUUUCUGAACCCAGGUCUCCCUGAUUGCAGACAGGUACCUUGAGCUAAACACUGCACCACCCAGGCCGAGCUUGUUGCACCAUUUAGAGAGCAUUCUUGGUGUGGCAGGACGGCACCUCGGCCCUCAUUUUCUCCUAGCCCAUUUUCACCUUCGGAUUUGUUGAUGAGGACAGACACAGGCAAGGAAUAAGUUUGGUGUUGAAUUUGUUACUCUUCAUUGCCAUUUGCAGGUGAAGUUCAUUCACGAUCAGGGGUCCCUGACACCCAGGUACAGAGGCUUUUUCCACGGAGUUCGGGAAAUUGUGCGGGAACAAGGUAAGCUGGAGUGGAAAUGCAGGCAGCUGUUUUUGUCUCUGCAGCAGAAUAACAAAAGCCCUCAUUACGGCUCCUUGGUGGCGAAUUCUGCCACAAAGAUCCCACCUGGACUCCUGUGUCUGGUUCUGGGCACCCCAGUUUAAGAAGACUACUGGCAAGCUGGAAGGUGUUCAGAAGAUUGGCAGCUAACCAUUACCCCAUGCCGGUUCUUUUCUGCAUGCAAAGCAGAUGCUCUACCAUAGAAUCGUAGAGCUAGAAGGGAACCCCAAGGGUCAUCCAGUCCAACCCUCUGCAAUGCAAUGCAAAAGCACAGAGCUAUAGCCUUUUCCCAUAAAUAGGGGAAGCUUUGCCCAAGCAGUGUAGAGCCACAGGGGUGUCUGCCACACAGAAACCUCUGAACUCUCUCUUGGCCCGAGGCCAGGUGGACUUGAAGGAAACCAGGCAGCAGACGCCCCCCAACCAGACCUCCCCAUUUUCUCUGCCCUGCAGGCCUGCGUGGGACCUACCAGGGCCUCACAGCCACCAUCCUCAAGCAAGGCUCCAACCAGGCCAUCCGCUUCUUCGUCAUGACCUCCUUCCGCAACUGGUAUCUAGGUAAGACACUCGGCUAAGCCGGGGAUGAGCUUUCUUUAUCCCUGUGCUGCUGCUGGUGGCAGUCCUUUCCUGCAUCAGCCUGAAUGCCUCUUUCUCUGCCCUUCUGCUGGGCCUGGCAGGGGACGACCCCCACAGGGAGAUGAACCCGUUUGUCACAGCUGCGUUUGGGGCCACUGCGGGAGCAGCCAGCGUCUUUGGCAACACCCCCCUGGAUGUCAUCAAGACCAGGAUGCAGGUGAGGGCACCCCCAGCCACCUCUGGGAAGGGGCUGGAUUUCAGCUGCUCUUAACUCCAAACCUGCCUCUUCUCUUUCUCAAGGGACUGGAAGCAUACAAGUACCGAAACACCCUGGACUGUGGCUACCAGAUCCUGAAAAAUGAGGGCCCUUUGGCGUGAGUGAGGCUAAACUGGCCUUCAUCUUAGCUGACUUGAACUGGGGCUCUUUUGUCUGCUUUAGGCCUUUUAUCUCACUUUGUCUCCUCUUUGGCGACUCAGUGGUGUUUUAGCCUUAACAACAAUCUUACAAGGUAGGCCAGGCCUAGAUAUACUGAUUUUACCAAGGCUGCUCAGUGAGCCUUGAGGCUGAGCAGCAAUUUGAAUCCAGGCCUUUUCUCCCCACUCUCACCCACCCACAGCCAAGCCAAGUGUACCAUCUCCCACACUGUACUGGACUUUAGCACUCCAGUUUAUCUUCUGCAGAGUUCUUGUGGUUGCAGCAUUGACUGCCUGAACCCUUCUAUCCCAGCUCGAUCACUGAGAUCACCUGCAGCAGCAUCACCGGUCAGAGAAACCGAGCCCUUGGUGUUGCAUCAGCCCAGUCCUGUGGAACUCUCUGCAACUGGAGAUGCAACAUGCACCUUCCGUGCCACCAUUUAAAUGCCUGCUGAAAGCUUUUCUAUUCUGCCAGGCCUGUGCAAGCAAUUGAGAAUACACACCCUUCCACAAUGGCUAGUUGAUGGCUGUUUAAAACUUUUUUUAUGGUUUUGUUUCUAUAUACCUCUUUGAUUUUUAUUUGGCUUUUUUGAUACAGUGGUAUAGAAGUAUUUUUAAAAAUAAAAAAUACAGCCUGGGAGGCAGGAUACCGGAUGGAACCACUGUCUGGCAUUUUCUCCUCUUCCCCCUCUCAUAUUUGUCAUAAGACACACUGCCAAUUCUCAGUUGUUGACAUAUGUGAUGAAGACAUUCCCCGUGCCUCCAAAAGUUCUCUGCCUUCCCUUGCAAGAUGUCCCUACCUGCAGCUGCUGACUCUGCAGGCAGCCCAAUCAUUUAAUUAGUACAGAAUUGUAGAGUUGGAAGGGAGCCCCGAGGGUCCUGCAAUGCAGGAAUCACAGCUCAAGAAUCCCCGACAGAUUUGUUUAAAAAUCUUAUUCGUGGCUUUCAUCCAGUGCGCUCAAAGCAAGUGUGUGUGGUCCUCUUUCCUUUUACCACUGCCCAUUUUAUCCACAAAGCAACCCUGUGAAGUAGGCCAGGCUGAGACACAGUGACGGACCCUGCCGCUCACCCAAUCAGCCUAAAUAGCUGAGCUAUUAAAAACAGAAAAUAUAAGGGAUAAUAAAAUAACUAAAAAGGAGACAUUUACCAAAAAUUGAAAAGAGAACCGUGUAGAGGAUGAAGGAAGCCAAUUGGAAGAAGAGUUGAAAUAUAGUAUGUAUAUAUUUUGUGGACGGGUUGUUUUGUAUAAGUUUCCAUAGUUAUUAUGUUUUAUUUGUAUCUUUUUGUUUUUUGUUCUGUUGCUGUUUGGUUUUUGAUUGGGCGUGAUUAUUUUUAUGUUUAGUUUGAUAAGUGUGUAUGUGUUGUAAAAUAAACUCAAUCAAAACUUACAUAAAAUAAAUAGCUGGGCUGGGUUUUGAACCCAGGUCUCCUUGGUCCAGCCCCUCCGAGUCUCCACCCUCCAGCUGCUGUCUGAUAUUGGGUUAAUGGGGGGGGGGCAACCUGUUGAAAACCCUUUUUCUGACUUUGGGAUCUCUUCCCUUGCACAGGUUCUACAAAGGGACGGUCCCCCGCCUGGGCCGGGUCUGCCUGGAUGUGGCCAUCGUUUUUGUCAUUUACGAGGAGGUGGUGAAACUUCUCAACAAGGUCUGGAAAACCAUGUGAGGCUCUUCUGGUGCAGGAGGGGCUGGCGGACGAAUCCCCGUCCCACCCAAAGCUCCCAUUUCCUCUCCCUUCCCUCCCUCCCUCCCACCCACCCACCCAGGAGAGGGGGAAGCCUUCUAAGGUCAGAGGUUCCCCUCUUCCAGGAUAGCCCCCCAGCAAAAGGGUCACCUUGCUCUUAUUAACCUUGCCCACCCCCCAUUCUCUGGGAACACUGAUCGGUACUCCAAAAUGCUUCCAGCUCAAGCGCCACAUGGCUUUCGUAUACCUAUUUAUGGUCAGGAGCGCAUACUCUUCCUGCUACCAAUUCCAGGGGUGGGGAGAGGUGCUGUCCACUCCAAGUCAGCUGUUGCCAGUGUGUUUCGGGAGCAGAUGCAUUACAGGAGAGAGGCUUUGCAUUGCAAGCUCAAGCAAGCACAGCAGCCCCCUCCCCUCAUUUAAAGAGGACAGAAUCUGCCUGCAUCCAUUCGCACGUGCAGAGAAGCUGGAUUUGUUCCUGGGGGCAAUUCCUCUCCACUCUGGGAAGCAGCCAUUGCACCCAUUUCGAGGAAAGCCGUUGCGUGUUUCUGAUGUUCGUGCCUUUUUAUGUCUGUCUCUUUUUCUAACUUAGUUGCCGCUGUUAUUUAAGGUUGACUUGAUGUUUACAAGUUCAUAAAUGUUGCUUUUCAGAAUAAAAGGACGAAGACCAAA